AUGCAAGAAAAUACUUUCUACAUCUUCAUUCAACAUUUUAUUAAGCAUACCAAGCCUACAAAGGAAAAACCAGUGAUUCUUCUAUUGGACAACCACUCCUCUCACCUGAGUUGCAAAGUGCUGGACUUAUGUAAGGAAAGCGGUGUAAUCAUGGUCUCAUUUCCACCUCAUUGUUCGCACAAGCUUCAACCGCUAGACUUAACAGUGUUUGGCCCAUUCAAAAAGUGUUGUAGCUCAGGAGUCAGUGCGUGGUUAAAAAGCAACCCAGGAAACACAAUCACAAUUUUUGAUCUACCAGAGAUCAUUAAGCAUGCAUUUCUUAAUGCUGUCAAUCCCAAGAAUAUUGUCUCUGGCUUUAAAGCCGCUGGUAUUUUUCCACUGAACCCCAAUAUAUUUGUGGAUUCUGACUUUGCGUCAUCUUUUGUAACCGAUAGACCUGCAGGAGAGUCACAACAGUCUAAUGACUUCGCGACCCCUGGGUCGAAUGCAAUGGAAACCAGUGAAACAGUAGUGAGAGAACCAGAAGCUGUGACACCCAACACUUCUGCGACAUUCAGCCCAGAAUCUGUCAGACCUUUUCCGAAAGCGGUGCCACGUUUAACAACAAAUAAUAAAGGAAGAAAGAGAAGAAAAACGGCUAUCUUGACGGAUACACACGAGAAACGGGCAUUGGAGGAUGAGGAAAGGAUUCGAAAUGAGAAGAACAGAAACAAAAUCGAGAAGGCUUCUGGAUCAAACCAAUCUAUGAAGUCCAAUGUGAAGAAAAGGCCUGAAGUGCGAAAACUCGUCAAUGAUUCCUCAGACGAAGAAUCAUUAAUGAAAAAAAUAAAAAACAAGAGUAGGAAGAGAGUUUACAAGAAAGUAGCAGAUUCUGAAUCAUCGUCUGAAGACGACAAUACAGCGUGUCUAGUUUGUGACGAAUUAUAUGACGAAAAUAAUGUGACUGAAGACUGGUUGCAGUGCACGCAGUGUAAGAGGUGGGCUCACGGAAAAGAUAAUCCUUUUUAUGUGUGCCUAAACUGUCUGUCCGAAUGUUCAACAGAGUCAGACUGA